AUGCGCUCAAGCUCCAAAGAUUCCAAAGACCAAGAAUGUGCCUCGGUUGGAACGACUUUGACAACUUCAAACGUCGGCUACUUGAGUAGGCCGAUGGUUCUUCCCCCGCCUCCAGAUCAUGAUGCAUCCAGCCCGGCUGAUGAUGCUUGGUCAUGGAAGUCAGUCCCUGCCUACGGCUCUGCUUGCGUCACUCCGGCAGCUCUGCAGCAAGCAAGCAGGAACGAUGAUGGACACGACACCGAUACACACCGAGGUCUCGGAGGCCAGCGUGAGCUGGCGACCUGUGACAUCCAACGUCUUGCCGCCGCUGUGCCGUGGCAGCAGCUGGCCCCGAAAGCGCCCGGCGCACGCAGCUUUCUUGACCAGUCCUGUGAGUUGAGAUUCUGGCUCGAGGCCAUGGAGACUGCGCAGAAGGCAGACUUACUGCAAGAUCCUGCCAGAUUCCUGAGCCCUCACGGGCGAGCGACGCCGAAUCGCUUGCACAAGGACUCACAGAACGAGGUGGACGUUGAAAUCAACGCAUUGCGCCAACAAGUGCAGCAUGUAGCCGAGGAGCGGGACGUGGCGCGCAGCGAGCUGGCGGAGUUGAAGGCCUGUGAUCUCACCUUGGAGAAAGCCGAGGAGAAGCUGCGCCGGGGACAGCGUGAACUGGAAGCCCAAAGAAGGGCCGAGCAGGCUGAUUGGCAGCGCCGUGUCGAUGAGCUGCGGGUGGGUCCUCCGGCACAAGAGGACGAGGCUGCGAAGGUCGAGGAGAAGGAGAAUGAGGAGGAAGCGGUCCAGCCAACCCUCCGUGUGGAUCUGAGAUCGGCGCGGCCACAGUGGAACAAGCUCUCGAAAGUGGUGCGAGCGCAAGCUGCCUGGAAAUCGGCAAAAGCUUUGUCCGUGCUUCAUGCAGAGACCGAGUAG